CGCGGAGGUCAGGGUGUCCUUCCACACGUGUUUCCAGUAGCUUCUGGCAGCUCAUAUCGAAGCAGAAAGCGUUGAGGCCGGUAGUGAGACCCCUAACACAGCAGACAUGUUAAAGUCUUUCGCCCGGGCGGUGAGUACCGCAGCUCGCAUCUCCACGAGAACAGCGACUGCACCCUCAACCCGAGUACUAGAACCUCUGAUGCGACCGACAUUAUGCGCAAAUUCUGCAGUAAUCCGGCCUUUCACUCGGUCGAUCUGGAUGAUGACCAGCGGGAGCUCUUCGGGGCACAGGCCGACGUUGCUGAACUCAAGUCGGGGUAUUCCAUCUGUGUCUUGUGGCUGUGGAGGACUUCAUACAGAAGGUGACAAAGCAUUUGCAGAGUUUCUUUCAGAUGAAAUCAAAGAGGAGAGGAAGAUUCAGAAACACCACUCACUUCCCAAGAUGUCUGGAGGGUGGGAUAUUGAAUUGAAUGGGACGGAAGCUAAGCUAAUUAGGACGAUUGGUGGAGAAAAGGUAACUGUCACGUUCAACAUCAACAACAGCAUUCCACCCACCUUUGAGGAAGAAGGGGAGCAGGGACAGAAGGGCGCUGAGAAUGAGCCUGAAAUUGUGUCAACACCCAACUUUGUGGUAGAAGUAACAAAACAGUCCUCAAACAAUUCUUUAGUGUUCGACUGUCACUAUCCUGAAGAUGAGACCGGCCAUGGGGAAGGGGAGGAGGAGAGCGACAUUUUUGCCAUCCGUGAAGUCAGCUUCCAGCCCUUAGGGGAGGCUGACUGGAAGGAAACAAGCUACACACUCAACACCGACUCCCUGGACUGGGCCCUGUAUGACCACCUGAUGGACUUCCUGGCUGACCGUGGGGUGGACAAUACCUUUGCCGAUGAGCUUAUGGAGCUGAGCACUGCCCUGGAGCACCAAGAGUACAUCAAGUUCCUGGAGAAUCUUAGUGGCUUUGUCAAGUGCCAGUAAGCAUUUACAUAGGGAAGACAAACAUGAUUUUCUCCCACAUGAAAAUUACAUCCCCUUUUCAGAAUCCUUAUUUGGAAGGGCAAAAACAUGAAGGGUCUGGUGUCCCAUAAGUGAAUACACAAGAAUGUCAUAUUAAAGUUGUCUGAAUUAUUGUCAUAUUAAAGUUGUUUAAACUGUUAGAAAGCCUCAAUACUUCCUUGAAUUGUGCACUUGUCCUGACUAGUUGUCAGGGUAGCAGGAGUCACAAUAAUUUAAAAAAACUGGGGAUUCAGCUUAACUGAAAUUGUUCUUACAUUGCAAAGCAAUUUUACUCAUUCCAAUCAUAAAUGGGACUUGCUUUCUGUGAUGGAAACCUGCAUUGCUCCCAUUUCUGGCUGCAGCUGAUUGAAAGUGAAAGUGUGUUCCUUUCCCACUGAUACUCUUGGCAGUAAGGAUGUUACCAUUCUAGGAUGAAAAGGCCAACAAAGUAGUCACUACGGUUGGAUGAUGCUGGUUCCAUUCUUGUUUGAGUUAUAGUGAUGAGUUGGGCAGGAAACUAGUCAGAUACUUACGUCCCCCCAGUAUUUUCUGCAGUGCUGAAACUGAAUGGAGAGACACAAUGUAUCGGUGUUCCUGUACAUGCCUGUUAAUGUGCAAGUGAA